AUUUAUCAACACCGAAGUUGCGACUGACAAUUUUUUCAAUUUUUGAUUCAGAUUUAUUUUUAUUUUUUUAUCCGGUUUUUUUCACACGUUUUGGUAAAUAAUAUGAUUUCGAUUAUCAGAUCAAAAUUUUCAUCGGUUCAAUCAUUCAUAUUAGGCAUAUACAUCCAUCCUUUGACUAAUAGCAAUUCUAGAAUAACAGCAAAUUAUUCAAGUUUUCAUCGAUGGUUAUCGUCGUCGUCACAAGAAUUUGAUGAAAAAACCUAUGAAAAAUUGGCAAAUAAAACAUUGGAUGAUCUCAAUGAUCGUUUUGAACAAUUUUUGGAUCAAAUUGAUGAUAAAAACUGUGAUAUUACAUUUAAUAAUGGUGUCCUUACCAUAUCGUUAGGCACGAAUGGAGUCUAUGUAAUGAAUACACAGACACCAAAUCGACAAAUUUGGCUAUCAUCACCGAUCAGUGGCCCAAAACGUUAUGAUUAUAUCGAUGGUAAAUGGAUAUAUCGACAUGAUGGUAAAAGCAUACAAGAAUUGCUUCAAAAUGAAAUGGAACAAUUAUUCAAGGAUAGUUAUCAAAAAUUGAAAUUGUCUUAAAACCAGCUGCUAUCUAGAUGAUUGUGAUAAAUAUUUUUUAUUUCUUCAAAAAUGAGAAUUGAUAAAUAUGGUUUAAUUUAACAUGAGCGAAUUAAAAUAAUGAAUUUAGAAUCGAAAAAAA